AUGUCAAUCCGACGUCUCCCUACCCCCACCUCCACGCUCCUUCACUCGUCUCAAAUCGUGCCCUCCUUCGAAUCGGCCGUCACAUCCGUCGCGCAAAAUUCUCUUCAGCACGGCGCCCGCACCGUCUGCAUAACCAUCUCACCUGAGGCCCUGCGCUUCAAGGUGCUGGAUGACGGCCGCGGAUUCUCUCCCCAAGACUGGCCGCUCGCGCUGCAGCCCGGCUGCACGUCUCUGCGACGCGGCCGCGGCCAGUCGCUGGCUUCGCUGACCGCCGUUGCCUCACUCGAGUUGCACAACUACACGGGGGGAUUCCGAGCCGUCAAGCUGCUUAGGGGAGGGAAGAUUCUUGACGAGGGGAACUCACGUGAGGGAGAGGUCCCGGCGCAUCCGGAUUUGGAGAAGGACGGGGUGCUUGUGGAUGUGUGGGAGCUGUUUUAUAACGUGCCUGUGAGGCGCAGGGCGGAGACUGGAAGACACCCGAACUUAGCGUCGGAGGCCACGAGGGAGAGAGUUGUCGCGUUGUCGCUAGCGAAUCCGCGUGUGGCGGUGACUCUGCAAGGGGGCAACAGUUUGGUGUUGUACGAGGGGGGAGGAGGGAAAGAGCUCUCGGAGGAGCUGAUACAGGCAGCGUUCGGCGUGGAAGGGAACAUGGAAUGGAACCGCAUUCAGGGCAGGGAGAAGCUGUGGUUCGAUGGGUUCGUUGGAAAGCGGGGGUACGGUAGCUCGGAUAUUUGUCUAGUUAGCGUGGAUGGAGUUCCUAUGAAUGGAAAGGGGUGGAUUCAUCGCCUCAUUCAACGUAUCUGGAAAGGUUUUGUGGCUCUGAGAAGGGCUGAUACGGGUGCAGCGAAUCUCAGAUACGCUGCCUAUGUUGUGAAUUGCAAGAGCGCGAGCAAAGGCUCGGGCUGCGACGCGGCGCAUCCAAUCUAUUCGAACAAUGCGCCACCUUCGCCAGAGGCUGAGAACGAGGUCGCCAUGGCGGUCAGAGGCGCGUUGCAAACUGUAGACCUACCUCAGCUAAUGGCUAGACACUCCUACGUUGAUCCGGAACAGAUUUCUAGGCUAGCGUCGGGAAGGAAGCGCAAAUCUUCCAGAAUAGAGAGCCGCUUUGCUGAUGCCCUUGUUUGCAAGCGGCCGAGAAAGAGACCGUCGUCAGCUUGGGCGUCAGCAGAGAAUCAGGUAGUACUGCGUCGACCGUUGUCGGCGGCGUCCGGCAUUCUCGCGGCUUCCCACCACGCCAAGCGACAACGACAACAAAGCUCGAGGUUGUGCAUUGGCCGUCCCUCAUCAGCACAGGAGGUUGAGGUCGCGUGCAAAAAGGUUGUGCACGGGUGGUCCAAUCCAGUUUACCGAAAUAAGGCUUCCGCAUCAAGGAUAGCGUCUUCAGGAUGUGAGUUUAAGAGCAAUACUCAUUUCAUGUUUAUGAAACGCGGAGUUCUUGUUCAGCGAAAUAGUAUUCCGAAACUACGGAUUGUUGGUCAAGUUGAUCGCAAAUUCAUCGUAGUUGUUGACCACAAAUCUGUCAUGUAUGCAGUCGAUCAGCAUGCAGCCUCGGAAAGAUAUUUAUAUGAGACGCUGCUGAAGGACGUAUCACCACGCAAAAUAAGAUCUGUCAUUCUGCGCCCCCCGAAGCGCGUACCGCUUUCGCACAAGCAACGGGCGACUUGCUUGCGUCAUUCGACAGUGCUUCUGUCCUGGGGAUGGCAAGUGCGAAUCGCGGGCUGUGGGUCUGCCGAGAUCUUAGGCGCUCCCUUAAUCGAAAGAGUGAAUACUUUUCUCGACAACGAGGAGCAACUGCUUAUCUAUUUAGACAGUCUUGCAAUGGGGGUAGUCGAGAACACGACCCCGCGACCUUUUCUUAACGCGGUAGCUAGUGCGGCUUGCCAUUCCGCAGUCCGCUUUGGGGAUGCGCUGACCUUAGAGCAAUGCAGGUCUCUCGUUUUGUCGCUUUCUGAAUGUGAUUCACCCUUUUUGUGUGCACAUGGGCGGCCGUCAAUAGUUCCUCUUGCCGUCUUUGAUGUCGUGUAG